AUGGCGGAUGCUAUAGCUACAAUUGGUCCUGGGUAUAAAAUCUUAACUUACCAUAAUUUGCAUGUGAAUUUAUUGAAAGAUGCUAAGAAAGAAGUGCAAUUACUUGUUGAUAGUUACAAGAAAACUUGGGAGGAUGUUGGAAUGGAUGCUUCAGAUGUUGUAAAGGAUGUUGCAACAUUGUUCAGCUUGUUUGAGGAAAUAGCUUUAUGGGUUGGACCAAACAAUAUUGUCCAUCUUGUCACUAACAAUGGAGCAAACUAUAAAGCUGCUGGAAGAAUGUUGUCUGAAAAAUAUAGCAGUAUUACUUGGUCUCCUUGUGCAGCACAUUGCAUUAAUUUGAUGUUGAAAGACAUAGCUAAGAUGAGUCAUAUAGUCAACCUUUCGACCCGUGCAUUUGAGGUUACAAAGUUUGUGUAUAAUCAUUCCUUUGUGCUGGCUUUGCUGAGGAAAAAACAGGGUUGGACAGAAAUUAUACGCCCAGGUGCAACCCGUUUUGCCACAACUUUCAUUGCAUUGAGCAGCCUACAUCAGCACAAACAUGUUUUGCAAUCUACAGUGACAGAUAGAACUUUUGUGGAGUGCCGAUAUGCAAAAACUAAUAAAGGCAAAGCCUUUAUUUCCAUAGUUCUAGAUAACCAGUUCUGGGAUGACAUUGGUAUAGUUUCCAAAGUUGUGAGUCCAUUGAUGCGUAUGCUCCGGAUUGUAGACUCAGAUGAGAGGCCUUCAAUAGGAUAUGUGUAUGAUGGCAUGUACGGAACGAGAAUGGGAAUCAAAAAGCUAUUUAAGAACAAGAAAAAUUUGUACAAGCCUUAUACAACAAUUAUCAAGAUGAGUUGGGAUGUUGCGCCGUGA